AUGGCAUCUCUCUCAAUGAUACACAUUAUUGGAACAAACCGCCUCUGCCAUAAUGCACUGCGAUGUAAGAAGAAGAGUUGGUCUACUCCCAAAUCCGUUGAAGUCGCUGAGAAGGCAUUGCCUCAUACAAUGUACGGUGUCAGAGUCAUCAAUGAUGAAGUUCAAUCAGUCAUAGGCAUUGGAAAGCCCAUUGGUGAUGGCCAUUUGUUUUUUCAAGUUGUGGAUAUUGGCGUCUUACCAGAGCAUCAGAAGAAGGGUCUCGGUAAACUCAUCAUGAAAGCCCUGAUGGAUUGGAUCAACAAGAAUAUGCCUCGCGAUUGCUAUUUCAGUCUUUUUACUUAA